CUUAUACAAUUAGUAUCAUCGAGCAAGCAAGCUCCAGGAACGACACUCAGCUGCUCUUCAUCUAAAAGCGCAGCAAAUAGUCACCGCGAUGGCAGGGGAAGCCUGAAAGCUCAUCAGACACAGUCAUUGAAAUGUUUAGCAGAUUCCUCGUAUACUUGAAUAGGCACAAAGCAGACCUGCGAUCUCGUGGGAGGAGGCUUUCUGUGUAGGUAUAGCGCUUCAUAUGAGUUUAAAUACCAGCCCUCUGUCACCACUCCAGUACCACCGAGCUCAGCGUCGAUCAUAACCCAGUCACACAUACAGGGAACAUAAUCAAGCGAGAAACAGCCAAGAUGAACACCUCAACCAACGAGAAAUAUACUUCAACCCAUGCCCCACUCAGCGAAAAAAUCCCAAGUAAUGAGAGCAGCUUCUGCAUAGAGUAUAUCGACAAAAACCCUAGUCCUCCCCCCCAAAGCCCCCCUACUCUAGCAGCACGGCUCCUCAUUCUCAUUAUCCUCAUCCCAAUCGAAAUUAUCAUGCCACGGCCCCUGCCAUUUAUCCUCGGGCGGAUACCCAUUCGGACAAUGCGCGAUCUGGGGUUGGGAGUGCAGAAGAGCAAAGGAAAGCAAAGAAUGCCAGAAAAGGAGGAGGUUUUGAUAACGUACCGUUCCGACAUCGCAUUCGAGUGGGAAGCCACCGCCCACUUUCAAUUGGCAUUCAUUAUUGACGCAUGUCUGGGGUUGGGAUGGUGUGUUAGUAGUGGUCAUGCUGAGGGCUACAUGGGCCUGAUGAUCAUUGCAGAAGGUGUCAUCGGCGAGGACAAGCGCGACGGUGGAGAGAGCGAGUGUAGCGAGGAUGUCGAGAGCGAAACGCAUUGUUGGUGA